AGCUGACAGGAUCUUGUUAAGAUUCUGUGGUCCUUGGAUCGAGAAAGUUCUAAGUUGAGUCAGUCAAGGGUGUGAGUCUAAGUGGCGAGGAGGUUGAGACACGUAGUGGCAAGACUACCACCCCUUAUACGAAAGCUCAGGAAGAGCAAGUCGCCGUCGUACUUAAAGAGAGAAAAGAGGAGGAGGCCAAGAAGGAGUUGAUUAGGCAGACCAAAAAGUUGGCCUUACAGCAGGAGCAGGCGGCGAAGAUGAAGAAGGAGGAAGAGAUGGAGAGACUGAGGAAGGAGGAAGAGAAGAUGAAGGAAGUAGAAGAAGAAGAGGUAGAAGAAGAGGAGGAAAAGGAGGAGCCCUUGGAGAGGACGCACAAAGGAGAGAGGUGAGUUCAGUGGCACGAAGAAGGAGGAAUCAGGGCUGGAAAAGAAGAUCUCUGAGUGGGUAGCUAACUUAUCUUUGGGAGAGGAGGAAGAGGCCAUGUUGUAUGUUCCCCCAGAGGAGAAGGAAGCCGUAAUUAAGGAGUGGGAAGGGGAACAAGAUUCCUUAAGACGCCAGACAAUUGAGGAGGAGAAGAAGUUAGAAUGGAAAUUGCGUCUUAUGAGGGAGAGGAAAAGGAGGAUGGAUGAGGCGAGUCAAAUAGCGAGGGAGUUGGUGGUGAUCAAGGAGCAACGAGCGCAAAUCCAAGCACAAGCUGACAUACAAGGGAAAUUAGAUAUUAUGUCCAGGAACAUUGAGCUCUUAGCCAAGGCCUGGGAGGAGCGGUAUCAGUUUUCGAGAGCCCAAGAUAUGACCUUACACUCCAUACGCUUAGGCUUUCGAGAUUUCGCACGUGAGAUGAUGCGACACGUAGGUGUUGAGGUGCAGGCGAGAUUGGAGGGCACGGAGAAGUUUUGUACAGGCGCCAUUGAGAGCGCAAAGCUGGCUGUGCCAAAGGAGGAAGAGCUACGCCCCCGUAGAGAGCCCCUUAAGAUGAAGUUUCCUGAGUCCUAUGGCGGGAAGAAAGAGGAAAAUUUCGAUAAUUGGGAGGCGAAUGUGAGGUUCCUGCCAACAGCACAGUGGCGUACGCCGAGGAGGCCACUGCCGGGAUCCUCCUUAUCUAGAACUGUUGAAGAGGAUGAAGAUGGGGGUAUUAAUGUUGAAGAGAUGGCGGACGAAGACGUUGAGAGAUUGGCAGACAACACGCAAGAGGAGGAAGGCAUAGGAAGAGAACCGGGCAGGCAAAGCAAAUGGGAUGAAACUGGGCAAGCAGAAACAGAGGUUCCAAAGGACAGCAAAUCUCAAAACGUUGUCCCAACUGGUGAGGUUGUCGCUAUCUUGCAGAGAGCACAGCAAGACUAUGUUGCUUGCUUGGAUCAAGCCGAUGAAGACGCACUGGCAAUGCACAGCACGGGCAGGCAAGAGAGCCUUCUCUGUGUUCCAAUGGAUCGGCGAAUUCCAAAGAUUCGGUUACGCACACGACAAGUAUCACAAUUGGCAAAGCGAAGAUUCAUCGUGCGGAUUGAUGGUUGGGACAAAAAUUCGACUGUGCCUCAUGGGCACUUGGUGCGAGUCCUAGGGCAGAUUGGAGAUGUCUCAACAGAAAUGGCUGCCAUUUUGGUUGAGAAUGGAAUUGACGACAUUCCAUUUAGUUCCGGGGCAUUGCAAGAGCUGCCAGCCGACAAUGAAGAAUGCCCAUGGAAGAUCCCAGUGGCAGAGUGUAUGACAAGGAGAGACCUUAGAACUGAGCAUCGGCCUUUCAGUGUUGACCCGCCAGGAAGCAAGGAUGUGGAUGAUGCGCUCUCAGUUCGGACGCUUCAGAAUGGUCAUUAUGAGGUCGGCGUGCAUAUUGCAGAUGUUUCAUACUUUGUUCAUCACGAUAGCCUGCUUGAUCUGGAGGCUCGAGCUCGAGGCACAACUGUCUAUCUGAUUGGACGUCGUCUGGACAUGUUGCCGGCAACUUUGAGGUCAUUUGCUAAUCCUACCUCGCCAGCUUGACGGAGAUGAACAAAUAGGAUCAGUUUCU